GUAUAUAUUCACUUUUAAAUUUGACAAUUUUCAUUAGUUUCAUAUUUUUCCAACAAAAAAUUCAACACACACAAAAAUAAACAAAAGUUACCAUGAAACAAAAGAACAACUGCAGCGAGUGCAACUGCGGCAGCUGCAACAACAACAACAACAACCACAACACGAGCAGCAGCUGCUGCAGCAGCAGCGCUUGGAGCAUGGAGGAUCUGUGCGCCUUUUGCCUGGAUCACAUACAUGAUCCCGUGCAGCUGCCCUGUUGCAAGCAUCAAUUCUGCCGCAGCUGCCUGCUGUUGUAUCGUGAGGCGCGCAGCUGGCAGGCCAAGCGCUGCCCGCUCUGUCGACGCAGUCUCGAGGCGUUCCAGACGCUGGACCCAAACGAAACGUACUUAAAGGGCAGCUGGCGUCUCACGUUUGUGCUGUUGCUGGGCUUAAUGCUGUUCAGUUUGGGGCCAUUCUUUUUGCUGCUGAUCUACUGGUAGAUGCCGCACAACGGACGCAGCAUGCAAGUCAACUGCCCAGCACUGUUUCACACACAGAUACACACACACACACGCCAUUGUUUAUAUGUGUAGUCAGUGGCAUUAAAAAAAAAGUCCGGCCAUAUCUCAAACCCUUUGUUCGGUUGAGUCCAAUAAACCCGUAUAUUAACCAGUUGCAUUUCGCAUGCAUCUGGAACUGUA